UCCGCCAUAUUCAGUUGCAAUCUACUUGUGGAAGAAAUUUUGGCGUGAAAGUUAGCAUUCAAGAGCAGAAUAGUGACAUGUUGUGACAUAAAGUAUUGUGUGACAAGUCUUUUGUCAACGAGCAAUCAUGGCAGAGGACAACACAGACCAGAAGCACUACCCAGGGAUUACUUCCCCAAUCAGUUUAGACAAACCCAAGCCUCUGGACUACAAGCUGUCUGCCAAACUGGAGGAGAGCAUGCGGCCAUAUGGUGUAUUUGAAAGUGAUGAACAGUUAUCACAUAGAAUGGAUGUUUUACAUAAGAUCAACAACAUUGUUAGAGAAUGGAUCAAAGAAGUUAGCAGACAGAAGAGCAACAUUCCUGAGAGCAAGAUAGACACCUUUGGAGGAAAAGUUUGUACAUUUGGAUCAUAUCGACUGGGAGUUCACACAAAAGGUGGUGAUAUUGAUACUCUAUGUGUGGCACCCAGACAUGUGGACAGAUCUGACUUCUUUUCCUCGUUUUAUGAACUGUUGAAACAACAGGAGGAAGUGAAAGAUUUGAGGGCGGUGGAGGAAGCUUAUGUACCAGUGAUAAAGAUGGUGUUUGAUGGAAUUGAACUUGAUAUGUUGUUUGCACGUCUGGCUCUGCCACAGAUACCCGAAGACAUCGACCUGAGGGAUGAAGCACUACUUAAAAACUUAUCAGAGAAAUGUGUAAGAAGUCUUAAUGGUUGUCGAGUGACGGAUGAGAUACUACAUCUGGUACCCAACAAAGAAAGCUUCAGGAUGACACUCCGGGCUGUCAAGUUAUGGGCAAAAAAGAGAGGCAUCUACUCCAAUGCGCUGGGAUUUCUGGGCGGAGUGUCGUGGGCCAUGUUGGUGGCGCGAGUUUGUCAGCUUUACCCACAUGCUGCUCCAGCUACACUUCUACACAAGUUUUUCAUGGUAUUCUACAAAUGGGACUGGCCACAACCUAUAUUACUGAAACCACUUCACACUGACAAUCGACUGAGCUUUCCGGUUUGGGAUCCCAGGGUCAACCCUUCAGAUCGUUUUCACCUUAUGCCUAUCAUCACUCCAGCUUAUCCUCAACAGAAUUCCACCUUUAACGUGUCCUUAAGUACCCGAACCAUCAUGAUGGAAGAGUUCAAACGAGGUCUGGAUGUUGUCACCAAAAUAUAUGAGGUCAAGGACGACUGGGUUAAACUGUUUGAACCCAGUAGCUUUUUCCUGAAAUAUAAACACUACAUUGUGCUGAUCGUGUCUGCAGAAGAAGAAACAUCCUACUUAGAAUGGCAUGGUUACGUGGAGUCAAAAAUCCGACUUUUAGUUGGUAAUCUGGAACGGAAUCCAUUCAUCAAAAUAGCUCAUGUGAUGCCAGAAUCACUUGGACCCCUCACUGAAAGUGACGGCCAGUACAUGUGUAAAUGGUUUAUUGGGCUUACAUUUAAUGAGGUGAAAAAUCAAAACAUUGAUCUCACAUACGAUAUUCAGCCUUUUACAGCAACAGUUCACAGACAAGCGGUCCAUAUCAAGUUGAUGAAACAAGACAUGAAAAUAGAAAUCAAACAUGUCAAGCGGAAACAGCUGGUCCAGUAUGUACCCACAGACUUGCUACAGAGAGGGAAAUCCACAGAAACUAAGAAGAAGGACAGUCGGUCCAGUAUAGGAAGUAGUGGAAAGCCUAGUGACCAGUCUCAGGGUCUGACUCACAGUAAGUCCGACACAGAACUACUUCGCUCAGACACCAUCUCAGUCGACAUCCAGGACGACUCGAGUCGAGAUUCGCGGAGUGGCACACCCACGCAAGAUAGCCAAAGCCCCAGCAAAGACAGCAGUUGUACAAACGGGGAGGUUGAACAUACAUCCCAGACCACAGAUACAAUCAUGCAGAGUCCAAGUUGUGUCUCCAAAAAGAAGAAUAGCAGUCAGGAAGAGGACAGUCCGAUCAAACUGUCGUGUUCCGAGGAAGACUCCCAGAAUGUGCUAGGAUCUCCGAUGCACGUCGACUCCUUCGGACAAAGUCCCAGUAGGAAACGUGAGGGUUCACCUGUAAGGCCAGACAGCCCUGUCAAAAGGUCCAAAUCUAUAGAAGAGUCUCAAGCUAAUCAGAAUGCUGUAGAAAGUCCCAUGGAUGGAGUGAAGGAAGGAGAAGGACGAGAGAGAGCGAUAGAUCUCCUCAGCAAUCAGCAUGUGAAGCGACUUCCUAGUGCAGAUGUACCUGACCUGAUGAGUCCACAAACUACACAUACACAAGCUGUCAACGUGACACGCAAAUGUAUCCGCCUCAAGCUUAAGUGACAGUGUGGGCAUUCUGGAAGACAAUUUGGCUGAAGAUUGAAUUGCUAUGGCGACAAUUUAACUGAUGAUUGAAUUGCUACAACAGCAAUUUGGCUCAAGAUAUCUUUAACAGAUCGACAACAAUUUGGCUGAUAGUUGAAUUGUUAUGAAUAAAAUAUUCAUGUGUGUUGAAGAAUUCAGAUGAGAAUAAACAGGCUAAUAUGUGUCAAGGUAUCGGUGGGAAUGUCUGCUGAUUGAAAGCUGAAGAGUUUGUGUGAGAAUGUCUGCUGAAUAGAACAAUUUAUGUUUGAUGAAUAUUUUGCAAAAAUAGAAUAUCAAAGAAUAUAUGAUUAUUACGUAUCAACAGGUGGAGGAAUCUGGGAAUGGAAUAUCAAAGAAUUCAUGUAGAAUAUUAAGCAAAGGAUUGAAAGGGCCAUCCAGAGUAUGUUAACUACUGAUGACAAGGCGUGUUACUUCCUCGAAGUCAUAUGUAUUGGAUCAUGUCGAGUAGAAAGCCCGAAGAUCAACAAUGCAAGAGGAUACAGACUAGCUGAUAUUUCGCUGGCUAUAUUUUGGAUGUCUGCAAUACGAGUUUUGACAUCUUGUGAGCUAGCUGUCCACACAGACAAGCUAAAUGCUGAUAUGGUGUGAGCUACUGUCACAAGUACAACCAAAUCACAUGUUAAUACUUGUAAGGGUUUAGUUGUGUGUAGACAUUCGAUAAUGACUGAUAGCAAAUCAUACUGGAAACCUACUUCCUCAAAGAGAGGCAAACAUACAAAAAUUGACUUGCCUCAAAAGAAAAAAAAAAGAAUGGGCAAAGCAUGUUGCUAAAAGUGGAAGUAAAACCAAAAACAAUGUAAUUGUCGGGUAGUUUCAAGGGAAUAUGCUGAUCUUUUCAUUUCCGUAUGUGAUUUUAGUGGAAAUGAGGGCUCUGGGAAACUUUUGUUUUGAUGAACUGACCACUUCAGCGUAUACAUGUGUAAAUGACCUCCUUCAUUUAGAUAAUCUUUGUUUAAACAUUUAUAGAGGUCAAGGUUAUGGCCUACUUUGUCUGGAUCCUUUGUUUAAACAUCUAUAAAGGUCAAGGUUGUUUAAACAUUUAUAGAGGUCAAUGUUAUGCUCCUACUCUGCCUUACUUCUUGUUAACAGCAAUGUUGAUAAGUAGACUAACAUUUAAUGACGACAUCAUUUUCAUGUGACAAGCUACAGAUAUCAAUAGUUUGUAAUUCUCAGAAAGUAUUUGAAAAUGCCAUGAUUUUUAAACAGGUUUUCUUUUGUUUGGAGAAGAGAUUACUACCAUCAUUAUACCAUGUGUAUUUCAGGCUGUUUUUGUUUUAAAUUUUGAUUAGAUGGCAACAUUAUUUUAAGAAAAAGCUGGUGCUUCAAUAUUAAAGAACAAAAUCUGAAAGCAAUAAGCUCUUAUUAUUGGUCAACAAGAUUUUAUAUUUUUGCCUCAAUUUAUAAUGUAUAUACCGGUAAAACAUGGAAGUAUCCUCAGUUGAAAAACAAAGCAACCUCUUUUUCGGUGUUUAAACCCGUAGUAUUGAUUGUUUUUAAUAAAAUUGUAUAAAGUGUACAGUAGAUAUUUUGUGAGUUGCAUAAUCUGAAGAUGAGAGAAAAUGUCGGUCACACACUUUCGCUUGUAAAGGUCUCGUAUUUGAAGUAUAAGAAAAGUUGUUUGUGCACUUACUCCUGUAUUUUAAUUUCUGCAAGCUGACGGGUAUGCUUCCUAGUAUAAAACUCUGUAAACAUCCUCAUGUCUCUGUGUCACUUCAUACUAAUAGUAGGUGAUAUCAAUGAUGGUGUCCUAACCAUGGUGACAUCAGAAGGAUGUUAACAUGUUAAAGUUUUAGUACAUAUGACUAGUGUGACCUCCAUUACAUCAUAUGACAUAACUAACAAUUGCAAUUCAAUAUUUUCUAUAAUUUUUUAUUUAUUUUUUUUUUUUUUUCAAAUGAGAAAGUUUUUUCAUGAAAAAAGAAAUAGCUCUACCUCCCAUUGUAAAAGAUGGUCCAUCAGCAGAGGGAAAGUAUGAUAAAUUAGACUCCACAAUAACAUGGCAUGGAGUUAAGUGAUGUUUUCAGAAUCAUUUAGACCAGGAUCUGCUACACUUAAAUAUUAACAUAAAAUAAAUCAUCCAGAUAUUUGUAUAUGUAUUUUACAGUGCUUCAUCUUUAAGAGGGAACAAAAUUAUUCAUCACCAUGGUGCUGUUAUACUGUAAAGCCACAUAUUAAGGACAUUUAGUACCAGUAUUUUCAUAAUGUAUGACUAGAGGGUAUGGUUAAAGAACCAAUACGAGAAUAUUGACAUGAUUUUAUAGAAACCGCUGCAAUAUGUGGUGCAGAGCUCCUGUUAAUUCAUAAGAAUACAUCAUCAUCACAUUCUUUUUUUAACAUUUAAAUACAUUGAGCUUGCUACUUUUUCCCCCUUGAUUUGUUUUCUGACAUUUCUUUGGUGAGAAGGAAUAAAUGUUUCUUAAAACUAUAUCAACAUUACAUGUAUUACUAUUUCCUAAUACAGGUACAUAAUAUGUGCCGAUUUGUUUUGUCAAUCAGUGAUCAAAUGAUUUAUCAUUAUGUUUAUAAAACUGUACAGUGAAGUAGUGGACUUGAGCGUUAUUAAAUGAUAUGACCAAGUUGGUAACAGACUGUUUAUCAAAGUGUUUAUCAAACUUUGUCAGCACUUGGGAGAAAAAAUGAAAUGUUUCUGUGGAUUUUGAUGUUUUCUUAAAAAAAAUUGUAAUUUGAAAGUAUGAAAAUCAGUAUUUUCUUCUGUUAUGUUUAAAAGCAAUUAGUUUAUUUUAUGUGGAAUAAGAAGGAAGUGAUUGAUUUUUUUUUUUUUUUUUUUUUUAAAUAUUAUUGGAAUACUCUCAUACGUAGUAUGCCCACUACAGAGGAUCAUUAAUCAUUUGGCAGGAAUACUAAUAUAUGUACAGAUUUUAAUUUGAUGUUAUUUUCGUAUUUUGUGUGGAGAGAGAUAAACAUAUGUAAAUAUUUGCCUGUAUCAGAUGUAUUGAGUAUGUGAGACAAGAGCACUGUAAUUCCUAGAUAGCAUCAGCGUUGUAAUAGAGCCUUCCUGUACAUAUCCCGAUAGUGUUAAUGACAACAUGGAGGUUGCUCAUGACAUUCUAAAGUUCAGACAGGAAAUUUCUGGGAAAGCAUUGAGUGACUUUGAGUUGUAAAAUGUGAUGGUUGUUAUUGCUGAUUGUCUCGACUAACAUUCGUGCUACAUGUUCUUGUUGGGUAACUGCAGUAGAAGUCUUAUCAUAACAGAAUUUUUAGGAUUCAACAUCGAGUGAUCAGCUUUUAAAACAAUGAAACUUUCGGCUGCUGUUAUUAGCUUUACUGGCACAAAAGACCAAGUGAUCUAAUGCCUUGACAUGACAUCUGUCAUCCAGUGCCAUCUUUUCAUUCAAAAUACUACUAAUCCUAAACUGCUAAAAGUGUUUUGACUAGAUUUGGUCUGAAGUACCCUGAGGCCAAAGGUUACCAGAAAGCAGAGAGGAAUGUCUUGGUAGUUUUUGCCUUCUUUAGCCUACUCGUGAAUUAAUCAGAAACAGAAAGUCUUGCCCUUUGUCCAUUUAGAUGUUAUGUAGAGAUGGUCAUUAAUACACAUUGUUAAUGAAAGGAUGUUUUGGGGGAUUCUGUUGGGGUCAUCUCUUGAUAAAUUUUGAGUUAAGCUCCAUUUACAUGGGCAUGGGUUCGAGGCAUUCAUAUUUUUUAAAAUAUGUUGUAAUUUAGUUUUAAUACAUAAUCAUAUAGUGUAUAUAAUUGCUAGGCAUAAAGGGGAAUGCGCUCCAGUUCUAUGGACUGACCACGGUGUUAAGAUGACUGGCUGUGGUGUUAAGAUGACUGGCUGCGGUGUUAAGAUGACUGACCGCAGUGUUAAGAUGACUGACCGCGGUGUUAAGAUGACUGGCCGCGGUGUUACGAUGACUGACCACAGUGUUAAGAUGACUGGCUGCGGUGUUAAGAUGACUGACCGCAGUGUUAAAAUGACUGGCCGCGGUGUAAAGGUGACUGGCCGCGGUGUUAAGAUGACUGACCGCGGUGUUAAGAUGACUGACCGCGGUGUUAAGGUGACUGACCGCGGUGUUAAGAUGACUGGCCGCGGUGUUAAGAUGAAGAGAGGAAUACACUCCAUCUCUACAGACUGGCCGCGGUGUUAAGAUGACUGGCCACGGUGUUACGAUGACUGACCGCGGUGUUACGAUGACUGACCGCGGUGUUAAGAUGACUGGCCGCGGUGUUAAGAUGACUGGCCGCGGUGUUAAGAUGACUGACCGCGGUGUUACAAUGACUGACCGCGGUGUUAAGAUGACUGACCGCGUUGUUUAGAUGACUGACCGUGGUGUUAAGAUGAGAGGAAUAAGCUCCAUCUCUAAGGACUGGCCGUGGUGUUAAGAAUAAUUCCUUAAAUCAUACUACAAAAAGAGUUUAACAAUAAUUACAAUUGCUAGGCAUUAGAGAGGAAUAGACUUGAUUCUGUCUAAAUUUCUCCUGGGAUCUGACCCAGAACACAAGGAAUCAUUCCCUGGAUCUUGAUAUAGAAAUGGUUCAUAUCUGAUAAACUAUUUGCAACUGCUGGGAAUGAAAAGGUUAAUACAUAUAUGCUAUCAGAAUUAGUCUUAGGGUAUAGGUUUUUUACUUGGGGACUUUGAAAUAUUACUGAUAUGAGAAUAUUUUGCCAUGAUUGCUAAAUAUCAGUACAGGCUUUUUGGUUCAUUUUAUUACGAGUGUUGAUUUUAUUAAUCAUAAUUCAAUAGUAAAAAAAAAAUUGGUUUUCAAUUUAAUAUUUAUUGAAUGUUUCAAAUUUGAAAUGUUUGCAUAAUUUUUUACUUCGUUUUUGUAACAUCUGUACAGGGAACAUUUUGAAGUUUUAACGUAUGUGUUGUCAGUUCUGAGUGUAUUUCACAUAGCAUGUAGAUAAGUGGAUAUCAUAGAGAGAGUGUGUAAGCUGGUUAUAGAUUUAUCUGUGCGAGAGUGUCAUUUACAUCAAUUGUCAUUAAACUUGUAAAACAAAAAAAUAAAAUGUCAUCCAAAAU